CAACAAUUACGAAACGCUUAUUUUUCGAUCUGAUUUUAUAAUAAAAAUGUUAUUUAAUAUUAAUUAAAGAAUAUAAUACAAAAAUCAAAAGUAAAACAGUAUAGUAUUGAAGAAAUUAUGUCCGCACAAUAUCAAAGAUUUCUGAAAGUACUGGAAAAGUGGCCGGCAGACAAAUCAAAAGUGGGCAGUGGUGACUUUGAAACCAAACCGACCGAAAAUAUGUCUGUGGCCAAGUUGAUAUCCGGUACUCAAGUUGCAAAUGAAAUUCGUGAAACGCUUAAGCGCAAAGUGUUUGACAUUCAGAGAGAUUUGCCCAAUUUUGCUCCCGGUCUAUGUAUCGUACAAGUUGGUGGACGCGAAGACUCCAAUGUCUACAUUCGCAUGAAAAUCAAAGCGGCCAAAGAAAUUGGCAUCGCUGCUCAACAUGUGCAAUUGCCCAGAACCAUAACGGAAAUUGAACUCUUGGACAAGAUUAACAACCUUAACAAUGAUCCCAGUGUACAUGGCAUCAUUGUUCAAAUGCCUUUGGAUUCGGAUACCAAAAUUGAUUCACAUAAGGUGACAGAUGCCGUACAUCCGGACAAAGAUGUAGACGGCUUGCACACCAUGAACGAGGGUCGUGUCUCAAUUGGUGAUUUGGGUGGCUUUAUGCCUUGCACUCCCUGGGGAUGUAUUGAACUGAUCAAAAGAUCUGGCAUUCAAAUGGCUGGUGCUAGAGCAGUUGUUUUGGGUCGUAGUAAAAUUGUUGGUACACCUGCAUCGGAGCUUUUAAAGUGGCACAAUGCCACUGUUACUGUAUGCCAUUCCAAGACCAAAAAUAUUGACGAAGUUUGUCGCACUGCUGAUAUUUUGGUUGUGGGUAUUGGUGUUCCCGAAAUGGUUAAGGGAUCUUGGGUUAAACCUGGUGCAGUAGUAAUUGAUUGUGGCAUCAAUGUUAAGAAAGACCCAACCAAGAAAAGCGGUACGCGUUUAGUUGGUGAUGUUGACUUCGAAGAAGCAAAAUUGAUUGCUUCUGCUAUAACUCCUGUACCUGGUGGCGUUGGACCUAUGACGGUUGCUAUGCUGAUGGAGAAUACCGUUCGUUCAGCUUCAAGGGCAGCAGCCAAUUUAUUGAAAAAAGUAUGGGAUUUCGCCCCAUUAGUAUUGAGGCCUGCUAGGCCUGUACCAAGCGACAUUGUUAUUGCCCGUUCCCAGACACCCAAGGAUAUUUCAAUGUUGGCACAAGAAAUUGGAUUACUUGGUAAUGAAGUGUCCUUGUAUGGCAAUAAGAAGGCUAAGAUUUCAUUGAAUGCCAUUAAUCGCCUUAAGGCCAGAGGCGAUGGUGCCUAUGUCGUAGUAGCUGGCAUCACCCCCACACCCCUUGGUGAAGGUAAAAGUACUACCCUUAUUGGCCUAGUUCAAGCUUUGACCGCCCACAGACAACGUAAUGCCGUAGCUUGUUUGCGUCAACCUUCCCAAGGGCCUACUUUCGGCAUUAAAGGUGGCGCAGCUGGUGGUGGUUAUGCCCAAGUCAUACCCAUGGAGGAGUUUAAUUUACAUCUAACUGGCGAUAUACAUGCUGUCACUGCCGCCAAUAAUCUCCUGGCCGCUCAACUGGAUACUCGUAUAUUCCAUGAAAAGACUCAAUCUGAUAAGGCUCUGUAUGACCGCCUGGUGCCUCGCAUCAAGGGCGAAAGAAAAUUCUCGAAAAUCCAAUUGAGACGUUUGCAGAAGUUGGGAAUCAACAAAACCGAUCCCGAUGCCUUAACUCCCGAGGAAUUUGGUAAAUUUGCCCGUUUAGAUAUUGAUCCUGCGACCAUUAUGUGGGAACGUGUAGUGGACAUUAACGAUAGAUAUUUGAGACAAAUCACCAUUGGCCAAUCUUCUACGGAAAAAGGAUUCUCACGGACGGCUUCGUAUUCAAUUUCGGUGGCUAGUGAAAUUAUGGCCGUUUUGGCCUUAGCCAAAAGUUUGGAUGAUAUGAAGAAUAGAUUGGCAAAUAUGGUUGUCGCUUUCGAUCGUAAAGGUGGUCCGGUAACGGCUGAUGAUUUGGGUGCCACUGGAGCCUUGACAGUUCUACUUAAGGAUGCCUUGGAACCCAAUUUGAUGCAAACCUUGGAAGGAACUCCUGUACUUGUACAUGCUGGUCCUUUCGCCAACAUUGCUCAUGGUUGUUCAUCGAUUGUGGCUGACGAAAUCGCCUUGAAACUGGUUGGUGAUGAAGGAUUCGUUUGCACUGAAGCUGGUUUUGGCUCUGACAUUGGCAUGGAGAAGUUCUGCAAUAUUAAAUGUCGCUCAUCGGGUCGUAAGCCCAACGCCAUGGUCUUGGUAGCCACUGUGCGAGCUUUGAAAAUGCAUGGUGGUGGUGCCCCAGUUACACCAGGUGCUCCAUUGAAUAAACAAUACACCGAGGAAAAUUUGGAACUACUUGAGAAAGGUUUGCCAAAUUUGCUGCAACACAUUUCUAAUGGUAAUGCAUUUGGAUUGCCCGUGGUGGUGGCCAUUAAUUCUCAUAGUCAUGACACUCCCGCUGAACAUCAAUUGGUUAAGGCUGCUGCCCUCAAAGCUGGAGCUUAUGCUGCUGUAGUGUGCUCCCACUGGAGCGAUGGUGGCGCUGGUGCCACCGAAUUGGCUGAUGCAGUUAUCAAAGCUUGUGAAAAAUCCAGCUUUAAGCUACUUUAUGGAAAUGAAAUGCCACUGUUGGACAAAAUGAAUAAAAUCGCACAAACAAUGUAUGGAGCUGCCAAGGUGGAAUUGACACCAACUGCUCAACAUGAUUUGGAAAAACUAACAAAAGCUGGCUUUGGAAAUUUGCCAAUCUGCAUGUCUAAAACAUCCGGAUCUUUAACUGGAGAUGCUGCCAUCAAGGGUGCACCCAAAGGCUUCACCUUGACCGUUAAUAAUAUGUAUGUAUCGGCUGGAGCUGGUUUUGUGGUGGCCAUGUGUGGUGAAAUUUCCAAGAUGCCUGGUUUGCCAACGCGUCCCUCCAUAUAUGACAUUGACUUGAAUACCGAAACUGGGGAAAUUGAAGGUCUCUUCUAAAAUGUCUCAUACAAUUGUUCUGUUAUCUCCUAUUGCUUGUUUUUUUUUUUAUAUGUUAAAGACAAAUUAUAUAUUUUUUUUGAUAUAGCGCUUUCAUGUUUUUAAAUUGUUUAUAUAUAAAACCAUUAUAUAACACAUA